AUGAGUGACAGCUUUCUAGCUUUAAAUAGAGAUUUAUGUGAUGAUAAACUUUCUUUGAUUCAAUUUACUUUUGUUCAGUCAAUAAAUUCAGAAGUUGAUCAUCUGAAGUCAAUUAUGAAUGAAAAAAUUGCAUCAGACGAUGAAAUGGAUUCCCUCAAAUUAGAAUAUCUCAUGGGAAAGUAUCAACAGCUGAGCACUGAAUUAAGUGAUUAUCAUUGA